AUGGAGUCAUCGCGUGUGCCGGGAGUCGGCGGAACCGAGCCGGAGGCGGCUGACGAGGGGAGGGGGGCGGCCAGGCGGCCCGGCACCGUCCAGGCGGUGACGCGGGCCUCGCGCCUGCUCAAGGUGCUGGCCGCCGCGCCGGCGGAAGGCGCGCGGCUGCGCGAUGUCGCCGCCGCCGCGGAGCUGGAUCGCGGCACGACCCAUCGUCUGCUGCUGACGCUCUGCGACGAGGGCUUCGUGGAACAGGACCGGGUGGCGAAGACCUACCGCCUGGGCCUGGACUUCUUCGCCUUGGCCUCGGCCGCGUCGAACCGCUACGACGUGCAGGAGGUGGCGCGCCAGUCCUUGCAGCGUCUGGCCGAGGCGACCGGCGACACGGCCUUCUUCUGCCUGCGCGGCGGCAACGACUAUGUCUGCGUCGACGUCAAGACCGGCCGCUAUCCGAUCAAGACACUGCCCUACGAUAUCGGCGCGCGCGUGCCGCUGGGCGUCGGCGCCACCGGCGUGGCGAUCCUGGCGGACCUGUCGGCGGCCGAGGUGCAGGACAUUCUCGAUGCCAACGCGCCGCGCUUCCACCGCUUCACGGAAGGCGAGGCGCGGGCGGCCGUGGAGGCGGCGCUCGCCGACUGCCGCCGCCUCGGCUACGCCGUCUAUCGCCAUCGGCAGGCGCCGGGGCAGGAGCCGGGGCAGGGGCAGGGGAUCACCUCGCUGGCCCGGUCGAUCUGCGACCGGCGCGGCCGGCCGGUCACGGCUCUGGCGCUCUCGGCGAUCAGCGAACGCAUGGACGAGGCGCGCAUCCGCGAGCUGGCCGAGGUGCUGCGCGAGGCGGCGGCGGAGAUCUACGCAGCCAUGAUGCGGCGCCCGGAGGCGCUGCGCCAUCGCAGCCGCUGGGAGGAGUCCGGAGACCAGAAUUUUGGGGCGCGCGUGGGUGCAAUCGACAUUGUCGCGAAUCUCUUUACCGAGGCGGAGGUUCGCGGCGGGCAGACGGGCAUCGACGAGACCUUCAAGAGACAGGUGCGCAUGCCCGAGGAGGUGCGCGACGGCGUCUCCAUUCCCCGCUACAAGGAGAAGAUGGCCCGCGCGGGCAUCGACCGCUCGCUGCUGGUCGCGGUGCGGGCCGGCGACCUGAAGAUCCGGGGCUCCUUCGAGAUUUCCUACGAGCGGGUGGCCGAGGUCUGCGCCGCCGACCCGGAGCAGUUCUCGGGCCUGGCCGGGCUCGAUCCCUUUCGCGGCAUGCAGGGGCUGCGCGACCUGGAGACGGCGGUGACCGAACUCGGCUUCGUCGGCGCGCACUUCUAUCCGCACUGGUUCGGCCUCGCGCCCGACGACGCCAAGUGGUACCCCUACUACGCGAAGUGCUGCGAGCUCGACGUGCCGGUGAUGCUGCAGGUCGGGCACAAUCUGGUCUACUCGCGCGAGCGGCGGCUGCCGAGCGUCGGACGGCCGAUCUGUCUCGACCAGGUCGCCAUCGACUUUCCCGAACUGAAGAUCAUCGGCAUCCACAUCGGCGUGCCCUGGACCGACGAGAUGAUCUCGAUGGCCUGGAAGCACGAGAACGUCUUCAUCGGCGUCGAUGCCUACGCGCCGCGCCACUGGCCGCCGCAGCUCGUCCACUACCUGAACACCUACGGCGCCGCGAAGGUGCUGUUCGGCACCGACUGGCCGGUGAUCGAUCCGGAACGGGCGAUGCGCGAGAUCGGCGAGCUGGGGCUGCGCGCGGACUCGCGGCAGAAGCUGCUGCGCGACAACGCCCUGCGGGCGCCUCCUCCCCGCGCCGCCGGCGUACCCGGCGCCGCGUCGGCCGGUCCCGGGGGCCGCCUGUGCGGCGGCCGGCGGCGCCGGACGGCGGCGACAGAGCGGCGGGGCUGA